CAUAUCAUACGUUAUAAUUUAUACUUUAUACCAACAAUUUCAUAACACAUAACUAUAUUUCAUGGUUUAAGGUUAGUGUAUAGGGUAUACGGUAGUGGACUCGUGGUUUAGAGUUUGGAGUCAUAAGACGUAUGUUCUUCUCAAUAACCGAAUAUAAAAUUGACUCAACUUACAUUCUUCACAUAACAUACGUUAUAGCUUAUACUAACAAUUUCAUAACAUAUAACUAUAGUAUAGGGUUAGGGUUUAGGGUUAGGGUCUAGGGUUUAUUCAUGGUUAUGCUUUAUGUUGGAUAUUUUGAUUUUUAUAGUUUAUUAAUUAAUUUGAUUUUAACAAUUAGUUUAACUUGUGAAUGUACAUCUUAAAUAUAUCAUAUUCAAAUGACAUUCCGACCAACGAAUCGAACAACAAACUAGUUAAUCAGUAUAAAAUUUAUCAUCUAUAAUAAUAAAUAUCAAAGAAAGGAAGAACUAGAUGUUUAUGAAAAUAUUUUGAAUGCAAAAUUCAAAACUCCCAAAUAUUUGCUCAAAAAUUCCCUUGCAAACCCAUUUUUUUUAAAAAAAAUCCCUCCCAUAAACCCCCUUCCCCCAAUAUUUGAUCCAAAAUUGAAAAUUCCUUCCCACCUCCCCCAAUAUUUGAUCCAAAAUUGAAAUUCCCUCCCAUCCCAAAAUUGAAAAUUCCCUCCCACCUCCCCCAAUAUUUGAUCCCAAAAUUGAAAUUCCCUCCCAUCCCAAAAUUGAAAAUUCCCUGCCACCUCCCCCAAUAUUUUAAUCAAGUGAGAAGGGAAAUCCCUAUCUCCACCACUAGACUGUCUCCAGUGGUUCUGUCCCCUCCGCUCCCUUGCCGUCUUCGUCGCCUCUAGGUUAGAAAGGACUGAAGAAAUUCGAAUCCCUGCUUCCUUUCUUCUGCUCUCGGCAUAUAGGUUAUGUACGUUUGUAUUUUAUAUGCAUAAUUUCAAUAUAGUAAUUGUGUGGUUUGUAUAUUGCAAAUAUUUAAGUAGUUAGUUAAUAUCAUAUAUGUUAUAUUCCUUACAAAUUAUGUGAGAUAUACUAAUUUAAUAUUAUCGAUUGAGGAUAAGGCUAACUGUAUAGGAUAUAUGUUAUUCAGUAAGUUAUGAUUGAAGUCACAAUAAUUUUACUAAAUUUGAUAGUUAAUCUUUAGGACAAUUCGAACAAUUUUACAAAUAACUCGUUUGGCAAUAGUUUACUGAAGUUAUUUGGGCAAUGAGUUAUUUCGAAAUAACUCAUUUUAUCACUAUGCUUUUGCCAAAUACCACAAACCAAAUACCAUAUUUGCAUGGUUAUACUAAACAAGAUACUUUAAUCCAAUUACUGCUGAAAUAAUACUAAAAUAUCAAAUAAACAAUUAAUGGUGUCUUUUGGUUGCAAAUAUUGAUAUCACCAUUACUAUUAGCUAGUGUACUUUACCAAUUAUGAUUAAUUACAUAACAAGUUUGCAAGUCAUACAAAUUUAUUUAACAUUUUAACUAGUUUUUUUUUAAAUUAAGUAUAUAUAUACUACGUAGAAUAAAUUUGUUAAAAAGUUGAGAAAAAUAUUUUAAAUUAGUGUAAUAAAAUGUGUAAGUUGGUAACGAGUAAUGAGUAAGUUUCUCGAUGCGCUGGCCCGAACAACCCAAAACCCGAUCCUCCCGCAACCCGCCCGACCCAAAACCCGAUGAACCCGCAACCCGAUUUGUCCGCAACCCGAUUCAACCCGAACCCGAUGAACCCGCAACCCGAAUAACCCGCAACCCGUUUGAACCCGAACCCGAUGAACCCGAACCCGAUGAACCCGCAACCCGACUAACCCGCAACCCGUUUGAACCCGAACCCGAUUGAACCCAGCCCGAACCCGCCCGAACCCGCCCGAUUGACACCUAUAGUUGCAGACACGUGGUUUUCAUGUCAAUUGAAAACCUCCACCCUAGCGGUUUUCAAUUGACAGUUUUCUUAUAAAAGACGGCCCCGGAAACCUCAGCUCUUCAUCCCUCUCCUUAUUCUUCUUAUCAAUUAUGUGUUGCUUUUUUACUUUUUUUUUUUGCGAUUAACGUUCUUCGGAAGUUUGUUUUGUAUUACUUUUUUAUUGUGAUUUGUGAUUUUGAAAUGCUUAUCAUUCAAAAAGUAUUCUUGUGUUUGUCUUUUACAAAUUUUAUGGUAUUAAUUUAUUUACGGUUUUAUUGCAGACGUCAUUCCAAAAGUUCAUGCUUGGGUUACGGUGGAGUGGUUAUACGGAAGAGACUGGAAAGGAGGUACAUUAGGUUGCUGGUUGUUUUCGGAAAGUGAAAGUCGCUACGAGACCGAACCUUGAAGAUCUCCAUCAAAUGUGUAUUGUGGUUACUUGCAUGGAGGUCACGAGAAGAGUUGAUCGUAUUGUGUAUCGAUAUCCAAACGGAUAAGGCGGGUCGUUGUGGCAUGAGGAAUUGGUGAUAACCACUCAGGAGGAAAUUGAUGCCAUGCUCGAAUUUUUGAAUGGCAAUAAUAUUUCCAAAGUAGAAAUGUUUGUUUACACCUAGGAGGUUGAAGGCAGUGGAGUUCAUUCUGGAGAUGGCCAAACAUCUGGUAUCCAUGGUGGGGGUGGAGUCUAUGAAGAUCAUCCCUACCAAGGUUGCCUUGAUCAUCAUUCCUACCAUGAGUACCCAAAAGGAGGCAGAGAUCAUCAUCAAUCCUUCCCAUCAUAUGAAGAAGAAGCCCAACGGUACCUUGACAACCAACAAGAAGGCUACCAGUACCAACCCAAGUACGACUUCCACGCAAGUAGCUAAAGUUAUCACAACUACCAGCUGAUGAAGGUGUCUUUCAUAAUCUGGAUGAGACGGAAGAUGGGCUGUCAGGUCCAGGUAGUGACCUUGAGGAUGAAUAAGAGGAAGGUGAUGUCAGUGCAGACAUCUUCGACCCUCUUGAAGGUGUUGGGAAUUGUGAUAAGAACUCGGGCGGGGAUCGUGGUGCACCUCCAAAGGAAGAGGCACUUGUCAUUUCAAGGAUCGCUUAAGAACUGAUUUUCCAAGGAAAUGGGAUGAUCAUGAUGAUCGCUUGAGACCCCAUUUCUUUACGCAUGCAUAUCUUUAUAAUGAGUCUAAGUAAGUGUUACAUUGUAUUAGCACAAAUUAUUGAAAAUAAUCAAUACGAUUAAUCAAUAACAAAUUUAUUUUAUAAUUCACUAAGUAUGUUAACAAAAUAAAAUAUGUACCUCGUGAUCGUUCCAAACACCCCUUGAAUGAUGGUUAGGUUGGUCAUACAGAAUGCUUGCAUCUCUCGGUCCUCGAUCAAGAUAAUAUAUUUGAUUAUAUAUAUUCACGUCCUCCCCAACCUGCGAUAGCAUAACAAUAACAUAAAUUAAUUAGUAUAUAGAUUAAUUAAUUAACAAUAAUUAUAAGAACAAAAAAAUAGUAGAAUGAGUACGUACUGCUUGAUAGUAAUCAUAAUAUAUAAUACCCUCUUCUUGGUACCAACUUUUCAUUUUUUUACAGAAGGCAGACAGAAGUUCGACUUCUUUUGAAAGAAAAAACCUAAGAAUUGUUUUCUGAUGUCAGUUCAGAUUUAGCCGUAACAAACAUACCACUAUUUUUUAGAUUUUGGGUGGAGAGGGGGAUGUAUAGAGAGAAAAACUUUUAGAGAGAGAGAGAGAAAAGGAAGGGUUGGUUUUGGUGUGAAGAAUAUUGGAAGAGGGGGGAUUUAUAUAGGAGAUGGAACGUAGGAUGGGGGCGGUUUGGUUAUUUUUCACAAAGCAAAACCGCUUGGGGCACACGAUUUGUUCUUUUCAGUAAAAAACCGCAUGGGGAUCGGGCAGAUUAUGUGAAGGAAACGCAAAUCAAGGCAAUGGUUACGCGGGCCACUGACAUGGCGCACGGUCCGCCGUCAUAUGCUGGUAGAUCCGGUGGUCACCAAAACCGCCACAUCCAAGUGCGGUUCUUCCAUUGAAUAGGUAGGAGUGAAUGUUUUUCCUUGUUUUCCUUUGCCUAGCUAUGGAAUAGCCUACCUAUUCACUUGGGUGUCUGUAAACCCUAGCUACAAUUAUGUGAAUGAUUGUAUGAAUUGAAUGAUUUGUGUGUGGGUGUGCUUUUAUGUGAAUGUGGAGGUAUUAUUCAGAAAUGAUUGUGUUGUGUGAAAGCCCAUCAAUCUAAUUGUCAUUCUAACCUAGCUUAGAGAGGGGACCUUCUUAGGGUAAGAGGCUCCAUUGGAGAUGGGUGUUCUUGGGCAUUUCAUGCCUCCUAGGCUAGUUUAUAGAGGAAACCUCCUUUGUUUCCAAAGAGGCUCUAUUAGGGCUAGGUUUCCUUAGGCAUUCAAUGCCUCCUAAGCUAGUUUAGAGAGAAACCCGAACCCUCCUUAACCUAAGAGGCUCUAUUAGAGAUGGGUUUCCUUGGGAAUUCUCUUCCUCCUAUUCUAGGUUAGUUAAAAGGCAAACCUCCUAAUUCGUAUUGAGCACUUAGGGUUUGGUUGUGGGUGGCCGUCCGAACUCCAAUUCAAGGGUGAAAUCUAACCAUUCCUUAGUUGAUAGGUUGAAAGGAUCACAUUAGUGGCUUGGAUCAUAACCCAUUCCUCAACCUAGAGGCUAAGAGGGUAGCUUUGGCUUCUUGUUAGAUUUCCUUGUGGUUUAUAACCCCCCAACCACACACGAUCUUCGAUUCUUCAAGUCGCAAUUGUUAGCUAGAGGGAGCCAUCUGGGUGAACUCUUCUCUCAUUGGGACAACCUUGAUUUACUUUACAUGCUUGUUUUCAUUUGUAGGUUUCUUAGUCUUAAACCUAAAAUCGUUUGAAAAUUAAAUACUUGCCCUAUACUGCACCCGACUAGAGUUUAAAAACAUGGCCUCUAGACGAGAUUAAUUCGCGGUGUAGUUUCGUGCGAGUCAAUUUUUUGGCGCCGUUGCCGGGAACCAUUCGGUCUAUUAUCCAGAAAAGGUCGUUUAAUAUUACUCUAGCAUUUUCUAUCUUGCCUUUUUGUUUGUGUUUUGUCUUUCAUGUGUGUUUUGUUUACCACUCUUCGUCUUGAAGGGUGGUUUGUAUGUGUUUGAUUUUCCUUUUUAGUGUUUUGUGUUUGUAGGUAUUGGAUUAUGGAUCCUUAUGAUUUCACCCCAAGUGUGGGGGUAUCCACCACCACCCCAGAGUGGUUACCCGGGAACUUCAUGGUACGAUCAAAAUGGGAGGAGUCAAGGAUCCAGAUUCUACUACCAACCCCCCUUCCAAGAAGAGCAACCAUGCUCAUGGGGUUACCAAAAAUCUUCCCCGUAUCAAGAAGGUUUCCCACCACAAAUCGAGGUGAACCAAGUUGGAGUUGGCCAUGGAGACUUUCAUGGGACAAACCUCAAGGCCAUGUGCCACUUAACAACCGGAGCCAAAAAAAAAAAUUAGAGCUCAUGGUGGAGCGAUUUUCCUGGGGCACCAAUGAAGGGUGCUCUAGCAUGGACCUCCCAAGUGCCAACCAUUUCGAGUCAACAUUUCUUCGGGAAUCGGAGGAGCUCCUUCGACACACAGAGAGGCUAAGAGGGCUUGUAGAGCAAGCAUGUGCAAAAAUUGCUCACAAUCGCCUCCUAUCAUUGGAAGAAAGGAAGGAAGUCGGAGAGGCGAGCCAUGAGAAUUUUGGAAGAACAAGCUCUGGCAUGGAUUUUCAACCCCUCCCUCCUCCCGGUUUGACAUUAGAAGAGAAGGUGGCAAAAGCUUGUGCACGCCAUCGCCCCUCACAUUGGGAAGAGCAAUAGGAGGUUGAAGGAGCAAUCAAUGACAACCAUGUGGAGCAAGAGGAACUCAACCCGAAGAGCUCCCGUGGUGAGGAUGAACCAGAAGGUUGCAUUGAUGAAUCUCAUCACUUUCCCCUUCCCGAGAGAAACUUAAGACCAAGUCACGAGUGUGGAGGAGCAAGAGAAUCCCUUUUACGAUCUUGCAUGUCAUCUUGCCUUCCAAACCGUGCUUGAAGACAUGAAUGAGAAGGUGCGAGAAGAGAGGGAGGAAGAAAGAAGGAAGUUUGUGGAGGAGGAAGUGAGCUUUGAAGAAAUGGAAGAUCUUGAUUGUUCCCAAAAGGAGGAAAGUGAGAAAGAAGGAAGGGAGGUUGAAGAUGAAGAAGGAACAAGUGGUGUCCAAGAUGAGGAUGAGGUCGGGGUGGAUGAAGCAUCCACGAGUUAUAAGUGCUACAAAUGAUUUCUACCCGACCUUGAUGCGCUUUUGGAGAAGGACCCAUUUGCGGAUCUUUGCCAAACCAAGGCCAAACCAUUAGCGAUCCCUCUUGGUGUAUGUGAUGGAAUUCAAUCAAUUAUGGACUACAUGGUGUGGGGCAAAGUGAAAGAAGAAGAAAAUAAGAAGAAGAGAUCCCGUGGGUAGAGCCUCAAAGCUGAUCAAGUUCACGAUCCCUCAAUCAUGGAAUCUUCCAAUGCUCGUGACUUGAUGUUUCAUCUCACCGACGAGAACCUCAACUUCAAGGAGGCUCUUGGAUGGACCGAAACUUGAAGAACCACCGUUUAGCUUAUGACGUAAAAGUAGCACUUGUUGGGAGGAAACCCAACGUAGGUUUGUGGUUACUUUUAUGUUAAUUACUAUUAUUGUGCAAUAACCUCGCCUUGCGCAAGCUUGUGUGUUUGUUUUUGUCUCCUUGAAGCUCUCUCCUCUUCAUCUCAGAUCCAUUUUGGUCCCGACUUUCACUCGCCAAACUAUGCGGUAACAUCGUUCUACCCCUUAUUUUACGCCAUUGAGGGCAAUGUCGAGCUUAAGUGUUGGGGGAUAGUCUAUCUAUUAUGCUUGUGCGUGUGAUUGAUUGCUUGGAGCCUUGAUGUUUGCCCAAGCAUUGCAUGUUCAUUGUGGAUGGUUCUUGGAUGAUCUCUUGUUUAUUGGCAUUGAAAUUGUAUUAUUUACUUGUGAUCGAGUACAUCCUAUUAUGAUGAUUGAGAAUUGCAUUAGGUUGGUGCGAAUGUUUAGUUCUCAUGCGUGCUGAGAUGAAUGGAUGUCUUGACUUGAUUAAUCUUUGAUUACAAUUGCCAUGCAUCGAAAUUUGUGAAAUUGGAAUAGAUGAUUGGGUGAUUAGGUAGCCAUGUGAGACUUUUUCCGAUCGUCUUUUUCUAGUGUGAUAGAUUCCUCUUACCAUGGCGAGUAACAUUCACCGUUGUCGUUAGUGAGUAUGAUGGAUGCAUAGAAUUUGGCCACGCCCAAAAGUUGAUUGUCCCGAAAUAUUUUAUCCCUUAGCCAACCCCUUUGAGCCGUGUGACUUCGGGGUCGUUCUCAUGUUAGGAGCUUGUUGCUUUUUGAGCUUAAUGGUGAUUGAUAGAACGACCCCCUUCCUUUCUUCGUGUCUAAACAGUUGUGAGUCAUCCUUGUGUCUCGCAGUUCUCGCUUUUGAGCUCCAUUGAGGUUCUACAUAGGUGGAUUUUUCACGGUUCUUGCUAGGAAUGAAGAGAUAGGGUUGGAGGAAGUUCUUAAUGGAGAGAAUUGUUCGUCAAAUGUAAGAAUUGGCAUGUGGUUAGCUCUCUAGUACCUCCCUCGAAAAAAUGAAAGGAAAAAAAAAAGAAAGCAAAGAAAAUUAGAAAGAAAGAAAAGAAGUGAAAAAUGGGAAUAAACGGGGUAAAUAAAGUCGACAGUUGCCACAAAGUCUAAGUGUAUGCUCUAGAAAGGGUUAUCGGCAUUCGCACUCAAGCCAUUGAAACACCUAAUUGCUUGUUGACCUCCUUCACUACGAUGCUUGGAAUUUUUUAUAGCAAGAUAGGCCGAGGAAAUGUGCUUGAAUGUAGUUUGGGAUUGGUAACGGUUUGGAGAGGGGAAGUGUGGUUUUUGGCCGAUGCUAGUGGUCGUUGCGUGUAAAGAAGGUUCUUAGUCAAAGACGUAGAACCUUCGAUUUUAGGGUGAAGAUGUAGGGCCUCAUGAUGUGUUUUCCACAACCCAAAAGGCCUUUUCUCCAUGUCCAAGACCCUUGGUGAGUACUCCGAUCAAGAAUUGUAUUGAUUUUUGAAUAGGGUGAGAACUAUUCGUUUGCACGUUCUUAAUGCAUUCGAAUGUCGUUUGUGGUGGGUGUCGGUAUUGCUUGUGUCGGUUCAUUUGUUGAUGCAACCUAAACAUUGAGAUUCAUCCAUUGUGUGCCCUUUGAUGUGUCCCCAAGUUAUUUUUGUUAGGUUGAAAAAUUACCUUGUUUGAGAUUAGUUUGCUUGGGGACAAGCAAACGUUCAAGUGUGGGGUAGUGACUCGAGUCCAAUUGUACACAUUUUGCCCCUCAUUUCUUAAGAGUUUGGCUUUACAUUUCGUCGUACCUUGACAUAUUUCACGCUAGGUUGUGCUUGUUAGAUACAUUCAGGUCCUAACACAUGUGGAAGUGUCGAGGACGAUUUUCGAGACAAUUUAAGGUCAAAAGCUGCAAGUCGUCCAGGGACCAGCGGUAGUUCACGGUCAGAGCUGCGAGUUCACGAUCGCCAGGACCGUGAACUGUAACCACAACCCGAGAACCAAGGAGCAUCCAGAGAGGGUUUUGAAGUUACUAACGACAAGGUUGUUCACGGUAGCUAAGACCGUGAACAGAAGCCAUAAACCGUGAACCCCAGGAUGCGAAGCGGUGCGUUUUGAUCCAGACUCUGUGUUCACGGACGCGUUUUGAUGUUCACAGCCGUGAAUUGAUCAACGUGGCCGUGAAUUAGGGUCUAAGACCUUAAACUUAUCAACCCGUCCUUGAACUGAGGUCUAAGACCUUGAACAGAGCCUGAUCUGGGUAUAGAAGGAGGAAGGAGCUGAAGGAGAAAGGGAGCUUCUUCUAGGUUUUUAGUUUUAGAAUAAAGGAGGUUUUCUAGUUGAGAGAUUAGGGUUUACUCUUCCUAAUCUAUAGAGAGAAAGUGCAAUUCAAAGGAGGAAGAAGGAGAUUUGGGCUCAUUUCAAGCUAGAGAAGUGAAAGUUUCUCCUUCUCAAGGGAGAUUCAAGCAACAAGGAGGAAAGAUUUUCAUCUCUUCGUGGUUCUUUCUCUCCUUUUCCUUGUUUCCCUAUGCUUAGCUAUGGAAUAGACUACCUAUUCACUUGGGUGUUUGUAAACCCUAGCUACAAUUAUGUGAAUGCUUGUAUUAAUUGAAUGAUUUGUGUGUGGUUGUGUUUUAAUGUUAAUGUGGAGGUAUUAUUCAGAAAUGAUUGUGUUGUGUGAAAACCUAUUAAUAUAAUUGUCAUUCUAACCUAGCUUAGAGAGGAUACCUCCUUAGGUUAAGAGGCUCCAUUGGAGAUGGGUGUUAUGGGGCAUUUCAUGCCUUCUAGGCUAGUUUAAAGAAGAAACCUCCUUUCUUUCCAAAGAGGCUCUAUUAGGGCUGGAUUUCCUUGGGCAUUAAAUGCCUCCUAAGCUAGUUUAGAAGAACCAUCCUUAGACUAAGAGGCUCUAUUAGAGAUGGGUUUCCUUGCACAUUCUAUGCCUCCUAUUCUAGGUUAGUUAAAGGGCAAACCUCCUAAUUCGUAUUGAGCACUUAGGGGUUGGUUGUGGGUGGCUGUCCGAACUCCGGUUCGAGUGUAAAGUCUAACCAUUCCUUAGUCAAUAGGUUGAGAGGGUUACAUCACUGGCUUGGAUCGUAUCCCAUUCCUCAACCUAGAGGCUAAGAGGGUAGCUUUGGCUUUUUUGUUAGACUUCCCUGCUGUUUAUAACCCCCUAACCACAUAUGGUCCUUCGAUUCUUCAAGUUGCAAUUGUUAGCUAGGGGGAGCAACAUCUGGGUGAAUUCUUCUCUCAUUGAGACAACCUCGAUUUACUUUACUUGCUUGUUUUCAUUUGUAGGUUUCUUAGUUUUAAACCCAAAAUCGUUUGCUAGAUAACAAACUAAGAGAUUGAAGUAGAGGUACAUGGACCGACCCGGGUUUGACAAUUAAAUACUUGCCCUAUAUUGCACCGACUAAAGUUUAAAAACAUGGGCUCUAGUCAGGAUUAAUUCGCGGUGUAGUUUCGUGAGUCAGUAAUUACAACUUCAGUAAAUCAUACAUAUUUUACAAUGUGAGAUUUACCUUUAACAAAAAAAUGUUUCCUGAAUUUUAAAAGGGAAAUCUCAAAUCUCCAUAUCUUUUCAUUUGGCUCCAAAAUUACCCCAAGAAAGAAAAACAUCCCGCCUUUUUUUCACAAAUACAGUUUGCCUUCUCUCAUUUUUACCACAAUUACAGUACAUUGAGUACAAUGAAACCCCAUUUCAUUUUGGCCCCAAACGUACCCCAUUCCCCUCCUUUUAUCCCCCAAACCUUUUGCCUUCUCUCUAUUAUUUUCCCACAUUGAUACCGGGAGAAAAUCCCCCCACCCACCCCCAACCAGAUCUAGAAAAUAAAGUCACUGGCUAUUUAUCCUUUGUGUGUUUUCUUCUUCGAAAAAGAUGGAGUGCCAAACCCACCACCAUCGCCCACUCCCGCUGCUUCUCCGUCCUUGACGCUUCUUCAUCCUUGUCCAAACCUUUCCCACCUCUUUUGUUAUGAAAGCCCCGAUAUCUUCUCCGUUAAUCACUCGUUUUGUGAACUCCCAACUCCGUCGCCAACCUUCACUUAUCGAUUCACCAAUCCCUAACCUAAUCCGUCAACGAAACCUCAAAGCUUGCAAGUUCAGGAGGUACCAUGUCCUUCUCCGUCUUACUUAUUUCCUCUAUUUGAAAUUUAACACAUUGGGGAUUUUUUAGUUUUGACCGAAUUCAACCUUCCUUUCUUCAAAAUGUACUUGCUUUUGAUUAUUUAUGGGGGAUUUCUCACACCUUUUUGGGAGCUCGAUUUGUGCUUCUUUGCUUGAUUGGCGGUUGAAUACCAAAAUUGGGGUUGACUUCAACUAACUGAAAUGAUCUGUCUCUUUAUUGCUUUGCAUGUAUGAAGCUUUAGCUCUACCGACGAUUGAGGAGGACGACCUCCAAAGAGCUCCAAUCAAACCUGCUUCAUACAUCUCCUUUUUGGGCGACGGGAUGUGUUUCGAUGGCAAAACUCGCGUGUUUAAUGCAGUUCUAUUUUCAAACUCGCGUGUUUAAUGCAGUUCUAUUUUCAAGAAAAAAAAUAAGAACACGAAUAAAAUUAACCAAACGAUUGUUAUUCUGUUCACCACCUCUCCAAACUACGUUCGAGCGAGGGUGUUCGACGAAUAACCAGAAUCCGAACCACGAGUGUUCUAAAUUACGUUACCUCUACUCCUAUGGAGGUUCCUUUGGAGAGCUUCGCGACUAUGACUAUAGGCUACGACUCUGCAAAGGAGUUCUUUGAAAGAGAAGUUCUACGAAAUUAGACAGAAAAAGGUAUGUCUGCGACGGUACAGUUUGAGAUUUAAUUUUUUGUCGUCCCUUGCUUCUCUCUCUUCCUGAUGUUUAUAUCCUUCCUCUUUCCGUAGUCGCCGUUAGGGGUGGGCAACGGGCGGAUCAGGUGGAUUUUUGCUAGAAAACUAAUCCAUCCACUCCUAAACAGAUUGAGAAUUUUCAAUCCGUCCACCCGCAUUUAUUAUCGGGUUGGGUCGGGCGGAUGACGGAUGAUGCGGUUGGAUUGGCAGUUUCACCCACAAUAUACUAAAAAUAUACAA